GGGGCUGCAGCUGCAACGGCCUUGUGGACCAUGAUGAUUCGCUAACUCUUUUCACAGUCUGUUCCUGGAGCUGGACGACGAAGACCUCCACUCCUCAAUUUGACCAUUCCGAGAGAGGGCCACCACCACCCUGUUUGUCUAAGUCCCGCCUCUGCCCGUCAUAAUGCCGCCCUUGUCAAUUCGGCAUCCAAUUUGCUGGCCGUCGUGAAUGACAUGCUCCGGUCACCAGGCCUGAGUGCAACCGUAUGCUCUAGAUCCACGGCAGAGAUACAUAAGCCUCUUCCCAGUCGUCCUCGGUCCGUCUCUAUGCCGUCGACGCCAGAGCUGCCCAUUGAACUUCCUGGCUCCAUUCUUCUCGAAAACCAGGGCUUUCCACUUCAGCGUGCUGCCCAUCUGGCAGCUCCUGGACCCUCAACAAUGAGGCCAGCUCGUAGCGAACAUCCAUCUAGCUCGAGUGCGACUCCACUGAGACCUAGCUCGUCCAGAGUGCCACAACAUAAGAAGACCUUUAGCGAAGCCAGUCUGCAAAGACGAUCCAAGUCUAAGCCCAACCUGAUCACGUCGCCCUCUUCAACCGACAGUAAAAUCACAGCAUGUUCCGUAUCUACGAAUGGCGGCCAUGCAAGCAGUAAUGAGUCCACCAAGGCUCGAGUGGGCUUGGAGAGAUGCAGUUUGCAGCCAUCACCAUUGAUCAUAGAAAGGAAGUCUGCGAAUAACUGCAACAAUGGAAGGAAACCGCAGCAAGAAGAGGAGACGCCAGACACACCCACUCCCACAACAACGCGCAGCCGUCAAAUAGAAGAACUAAAGUCAACCAUCACGGCACAGGACAAUACCAUCUCCACGCUGCAAGCGCAAUUCGGUAGUCUUCGAGUGUCACAUGAGGCGCACGUGGCAAGCUUGAUAGACGCCCAUGCGGCCGAAGUCGCCUCUCUCAAAAACUAUACUCGCGUGCUGGAAGAGCAGCAAUCUCAACGCACCCUCCACCACGCUUCAAGCAACCAUUUGCUCCUCUUCCUUGAUUCUGCAGCGCCGCAGACCCCGACUCGAGAGAGCCCGCAGACUGCUACAGCAGGCAGUACCUCCGCCACCUCGAUUCGGUCGUUCAAAACAGCGCUCGAGCAACCCACACGAUCGCCGCAAGUUGCGAGGGAUAGCCCUGAAAUGGAUAACCUCAAGCGCAAGCUGAGCGUAGCCAGACGGCCGGAAACCGGCAAUCGGGAGCUGGUCCGCGAGCUCAACUUGUACAAGCAUAACAAUGCGGCUCUUCAGAAGCAGAUCGAGUCGCUGAUGGCGAAGCUGAACCAAGCCAAGACGAAUGAGCGCAACCUGACGGCCACAUUGGAGGAGAUAGAGCGCAAUUGCACAGAGUGGCAAGCAAAGGCAAGCAAAGUCGAGCAGUUGGAGAAGAGCGCAUUGGCUUUGCAGAACACCAUCGAUCAUUUGGAGCACAGAUUGGAACUCGCUAACACUUCGAAGCUCGAUGCAGAGGAGCAUCUCCUGAAUCUCCAGAUGGGACGGAGCCCAUUCGACCGCAGGCCUACGCCGCCAAAGUUGACUGUGCCGGAAUCUGUUCCCCGCCAGCCCGACCGUCAGGCUGCUCAUAUGAGCAUGAGUACGGUAUUCUCGGCUGGGUCUCCUACUGAGCAGGCGCAAGAACCGCAGGAUGCCGCAACGCUUGCCGCUUUCAUAUCCCAUAUCGAGCGCCUCCAGGAGCAGGUCAAGGAGAAGGACUCACUGAAUGGUCAGUUGGAAGAGGAGAAUGUGCAGCUACGACACAAGAGCGCGGAGCUGGAGCGUGAACUGCGAGAGCUGAAUCUGCAACUGGAAAUUCAAAACCAGUUGCUCGACAAGUCGAAGGUCGCGGAGGUGCAUAUCAAAGAGCUACGGUCCGCUAUCAUCCAGCGCGAGUCCGUCAUUGGUGAGAAAGAGAAAGCUUUGCGCAUGGCAGAAAGGCAACUGGAGCAUCACAAAUUGCUGCUCCAUGCAGAGAUCCGCAAACACGCAACGCUAUCAUUGCUGGCUGACAACCAGGAGAACCCGCUUCCUGAGCCCAGCUCUCUGGCCUCGAAAGCUGAUAUAGACCGGUGGAUAGAGCGUCUUCGUGCGCGUUUUCAAAAAGAGCGACAUGACGAUAAGGAGAACCCACCAAGCAAUGAUAUGGAAGCGCUAGUGAAGGAUCUUAGGCGGGAGAUCGACUUCUAUGUACGGGAAAUCAUCUAUUACAAGCUCGACAUCAAGGGUUACAAGUCGGAUAUCAAGAAGUUGAAGCACAUUGCGUCGAGAAUGGGAAGCUACGGCAGCAGAGCCAGCGAUAUCGACUCCCCCACGCCCUCUCAGAGUCGCGCCGCCGACACUCCAAACCCUGCUCGACUUUCUACUGCGACAUCGGGUCUCGGUAUUUCUAGUACAUCAUCACCAGUUUCUCCAGGUCCAGUCUCUGCCUCUCUUCCAGCCGGAAGGCCAAUAACGCCUGCAGCUCCGCCUACGCCAGACCGCUCUCCUGAGCAUAACGCCACUCCCGCAUUCGUGACGACAAAACGGGUACCACUAUGCAAUGCUGCCCCUAUGACACCGCAAACUCCUCCUCGCAAGUUCCAAGGCACAAGCGAGGCCGACCCAGGCGUGUCCCCUCGCUCAGUUGCCAGGCUGUCUCCUGAGAGGAGGAAGCCAACGCCGCCGUCGCCCGAUCAAGAAAAGUUCGGCGAUAUGGCAACCAACUUCCCUCUCAGCACACCGGCUGCACCGAAAAGACACGAUACGCAGCGCAGCAUGAGCGACUCUAUCAUACAGCUUUAUACGAUGCCCAGGACGCCCGAAUGGUCCCCCUUCUCGAAUCCAGAGAAGACACCAAAUGGACAAUAUAACGUUGCGACGCAGACACGCCAGCGCUCUGCUUCGGUGCCAGACUCGAGCAAAGGAAAAUCUACACCUGAGCGACCACCUCGUCCACGAUAUGGCCUUUAUGAGACGGCGCCGGCACCCCCAUCACCACCGCGCGUGGAUGUGAUGGCGCAAGCAAUGCGUAACUCUCCGGAUCGCGCAAAGACUCAAGAGCAAGCGCCACAUGAGUUGAACUGUGGGAUCUUGAGUUCUACGGUUUCCAGGAUUCAGGACUCAGGUCCCAGCUCGUCAGGUUCCACUUCGAACGUACCCGCCCCUUUGAGAUUCCACUCGCGUGCCAGCUCAGCAGGCUCGAGUACCAAAGGAACGUCACAGCCAGUGUCGCCAUCACGCAAGUUCAGCAACAGUUCGGGUAACAACGUGCCCUUCAUCAUCGGCAUGCCUUCACCUCAUAACCCCGCGCUUAUCAGCCCCGUCACGACAGUCCCGCCAACCGCAUGCUCCAUCACUGGCAAAUGCGCAACAACUACGUGCUCUUCAAAGGUGCAAUCCCCAACCAGCCGAACCGGUGUGGGCGGCACCAUGGCCAGCUCGACUCCCGCCGUCUCGCCGACCGAAGGCCCAAGUUCAGGCAUCUCGAGCUACUUUGGCAGCGGCUUCCCCCUCGCCAAGUCCAGCAGCACCUCUCGCGCAAGUUCCAUCACACAUACGCGGAACGCAAGUCUCUCUAUGCCCAGCAGGAAGGACAGCGAUUCCGGGGGUAGAAGCGUAGGACCGUCGAGGAAUCUGAGCGGCAGCGGCAUUAGGAAUGCCCUCAAUAGCCAGCUUCCGGGCUUGAUGAUGAAGGGGAAGGGUAAGUCGAGGAAGGAGAGUUUGAGUAUUUCGCCGCCGAAGCCGCUGGAGAGUCCGUUUGGGGUUGAGGUGGGCGAGGGAGGAAGAGGGGGAGAAGGGGAGGUGGGAAGGGCGCUUUAGGAGGUUUUCUUAAAUGAAGUGCGUCAAGGUGGGGUGUGGGUGUGAGGAGAGUAUUAUUCGGACUCUUCUAUGACUUAUGAACUGUUUUUAGAUUUUUAUGACCCCCAGGCUUUCCGAUAUUGUUGAAGGGCUAUGGGAUGGCGACUUAUUGGUGGCUUCGGUGUAACGUAGAUGUAUACAGGGAAUCGAGUCAAUCGAUGAUACCAAUGAGAGAGAGAAAGAACGGAUAUACUUGCACAUCGAUGUGGGCUUAAAGUCGUCACGAAGC